AUGCUGCUGGCACAUUCGCUCUGGGCGGGGUCGUGUGUCAACUGCACGGGCCGCUGCGUAUUAGAUGUGAAUCUGCUUGAUUCCAACUUUUCUGGCGGGAGUGUGGGCGGGAGUGACGACGACAGUGGCUUUCUUGUGGCAGCCGCGCUCUCUGAGCCGUACCACGCGGAGGAAAAGAGCGAUGGCGCGCCACAGUUGCUCUCAGCUCGAGGAGGUGAGGCACUGUCGUUCCCGCCGUCGCCGUCGCCGUUGCCGUUGACCGCUUCAGCAGCGUCAGCAGGAGGAGGAGGAGGAGGAGGCGACGCGGCAGCGCGGGCAGCGGCGGCGGCGGGGGGAUCUGCUGGUGAAAUGCGUGGCCUUGUGCUUCUCUGGCGCAUCUCACGCGGCCAGACCAGUGAUGCGAGCUACCGUGUUGUGCCUUUGUGUUUUGACAGCGAAAUCCGCGUUCUCACCUACACUCGCCAUCGGCCGCAGUUGCUAUUUGGCGGCGCUGCCGAUGGCUCUGUGGUUGCGUGGCGGAUUGACCACGCGCUGCAGGGACAGUGUGGCGCCGUGGUGACUGCUGGGCCAGAGCCUUUGUCGGUGGCCCCGUUCUCACGGCGGUUGCCUACCGUAAACGUUGCGGCUGCGCUGGCGGCGACUGAGCAGUCGUUUCCGUCGCCGCUCACGCAUCAAUCCCGUGUGCUUGCCAUGGCAGUACACGGCGACGCCAACUAUCACCAUCUCUACACGAUCAGUCAAGAUGGACGUGUCUGUAUGUGGGCGCCGCUGCAGCUGCGGCUGCCGACCUCGAGCCGCGACGGGGUGGUGUCGGGGCAGCCACUGGGGCGCAUCGGGUCAUGUGCGUCGUUUGUAGACAAAGCUGCCGAUGCCAUGAGCAAAGUCGUAGUGGGCUGCCUUGACGGUUGUGUGCUGGAGGGGCGUACGAAAAGUUCCCGCGUUGUGGAGAUGUUGCCGAUCAAUGCCGGCGCCACCGGCGACGUCUUGCCGAGUCCCUCGUCGACACCACGAGCCGCCGUCAAUGGCCCCGCACACCGCGGCGCCGUCGUCGUCGUGGCACCCCACCCGCUGCACGCCGACCCCCGCAUGAGCGACACCCUCUUGACCGCCGCCGCUGACGGGAGCUGCAGUCUCUGGCUGGGCGCCCGCCGCAUUGCCAUUGAUGGCUUCACCGCGCAGGUGAGUUCUCUGCGGUGGUCCCCAACCCACCCCGCGGUGUUUGUCGCCGGGGAAAGCAACGGCCGCGUCGCCGCGUGGGAUUUAUCGCGGAGCUCUUCCGCCCCGGUGGCUUCGCUGUACUUGCGCCCCGCCCCACCCACGGCCGGGUGGGCGCGCACGACCGCCGCGGCAACCGCGGCACACGCCCUCGCGUAUCGCAGCGCCGCCGUCAUGACCCUCUGCUUUUCCGACGACGGCGCGUGGUUGUCGUGCGGCACCGCGGACGGCGAGGUCCACCUGCUGCGCCUGCGCCCGGACCUUUCGCUGGAGAGCAGUGCGGCGGCGGCGGCAAAAGGAGGACUGCCGCUCCACCCGAGCAACGGGGCGACGCCGUCGCCCGUCGACGGCGGCGAAGCGACCGCCGCACGCGCAACCGCAGAGCGCCGCGCCGUGUCCUCUUGGAUUGACGCGCGGUUUGACUUGUAG